GCGUCCGCGGGGCCGCUUUCUAGUUUGUCAAAUCCGAAAACGUUUAGCGUUUUAAAACUUGCUACAUCCGAGUCUGGUAGUAAAUAUCACGCGGGGUCAUCACAGCCCCAAUGGGAGCGGCUUACCGUUGAGCUACGCGAAGUUACUCGAGUUAGUGAACGACAAAGCACUAGGAAAGAAGCAUCAUGCUUCGUUUCGUCGCGCGCGGCAGAUUCGUCGUCUGUGACAAUCUCGAUAAGUGUCCGAGCACCUUCGGAGGCGUACGUGACACCUGCAGCGUCGCCACAAUAUCGAGGGUCAGGGAGAGGCUCGGCGGUGGUUCGACGUCGCGUUCCAAUUGUUUGAUCGAUUCCACGACACCUCGUGCUAUCGCCGAAGCGACUCGCCAGGAAAAUCGUCGGCUGUCGUCAACGUCGGCUGUCAGCGAAGCCCGCAAGACGUGUCUUUACAAUCUCCAUGUGGAAAGGCAAGGCAAAAUCAUCAAUUUUGCCGGAUGGCUACUGCCGGUGCAAUAUCGGGAGACGAUUGCCGUGUCUCAUCUACACACGAGAUCGUUGGCAUCGCUCUUCGACGUCGGUCACAUGCUGCAGACGCGUGUUUCCGGCAAAGACGCCGGGGAGUAUUUAGAAUCGCUAACCACGUGUGACCUCAAGAAUUUAAGUAGAGGUUCCGCGACUUUGACCGUCUUCACCAAUGACAAGGGAGGAAUUCUGGACGAUCUCAUCAUCACUAAAGACGACGAAGACAAGUACUUCGUGGUGUCCAACGCGGGUAGGCGGGACGAAGACAGUCAACUUCUCUUGGAACGUCAGGACGAUUUUAAAAAGGUCAGCAAAGACGUGUACGUCGACUUCCUGGAUCCCUUGGAGCAAGGUCUGAUAGCUCUUCAAGGCCCCACGGCGGCGACGGUCCUCCAGUCGUUGGUAAAAAUCGAUCUUCAAACCCUAAAGUUCAUGAACAGCGUGCAAGCCGAGGUGUCGGGAAGUCGCGUCCGAAUUUCGCGAUGCGGCUACACCGGAGAGGACGGCUUUGAGAUCUCGGUACCCGCGGACGACGCGAUUAAUCUAGUCGAGAGGAUCUUGGAGAUUCCCGAUGUGAAGCUGGCCGGUUUAGGAGCCAGAGAUAGUUUGCGACUGGAGGCUGGACUCUGUUUAUACGGUCACGAUAUCAACGAGGACACCACACCAGUCGAAGCUGCCCUUACGUGGCUAGUCGCGAAACGACGGAGGGCCGAGGCGAACUUUCCAGGCGCGCAGCGAAUACUUUCGCAGAUCAAGACGGGCACGACAAAGAAACGCAUCGGACUAUUACUGGGUCAAGGACCACCUGCCAGGGAAGGCGCGCCCAUAUUGACGCCGGAAGGUGAGCGUGUGGGCAGCGUCACUUCCGGUGGACCAAGCCCGACUCUGGGCCGGCCGAUCGCCAUGGGAUACAUGCCACCGGAUUUGGCGCAAUUUGGCGGUGGAGUAUUGGUCGAGGUACGAGGGAAGACGUACAAGGGGACCGUGACGAGGAUGCCCUUUGUGAAAGCGAAGUAUUACACCGCGAAAUGACGCCGAUUUCGCGACGGAAAUUGGUCGAUCUCCGGCAAUGCCCGGCAACGUCCGGCAAAUUAAUCGCGAGACGAUUAAUUGACGGCGACGAAUCGUUUAUACAUUCGCGAACAAUUGGCUAGUUGGUUGAUUUACCAACGCGAAUAAAUUGCGAAUCGAGUCGUAAAUGAUAUUUAAAUUGAUAUACAUCAUUUUUGACGUGUUUCACUUGCGUCAGCUGAUGCCUAAAUUGAACUAAUGUCAAAAACCCGCCAACCUGAUUGUUAAAUAUUAUGUUUUUAAAGACAAAAUAAUGCAGUGCGAAAACAUUUUGUAAGACAGAUUAGUGGAAAAAUUUGCAAAACCGAUUACUAUUUAUAAAAAUGCGCACUUUUGUAACAAUAAUUUUCGCACAAUUGCAAUACUUAUUUUCAUCGAUGAAAUUUAUAGAAAGUAUAAAUAAAGUAUCUUAUAAUAUUGUAUGUA